AUGUAAAAAUAAUUUGAAGAAUAAGAUGAUUUAAAAGAUUACUUUAUAGAUGUUGAAUAAGUUUAAAGCAAUGUAAAAUUUAAUAAUAAAAUAUAUAAGAAUGUCAAUCCAUAUGAUAUUAAAUGUCCAAUUUGUUUAAAUGUAUAUUUGGAUCCAAUAUCAUGUGACUCAUGUAUGAAUCAUUUUUGCAAAAAAUGUCAUUAAUAGAAAUAAGUAAGUGUAUAAAGAUAAUGAAAAAGAGUACAAAAUGCCCUUUAUGCAAUAGACAAGGUGAGACAAGAAAAGCAUUUCCUCUUUUAAGAUAAUUAUUGAGUUAAUUAAAAAUUAAAUGUCUUCAUUUCGAUUAGGGUAAGUAAAUAAUUAUGAUUUUAGGUUGUCAAGAAAUAACUGAUUAUGAUGGUUAUGAUAAACAUAUAAAAUAAUGCGAUUUUAGUUAAGAAAUUUGUGGAUUAAUGGAUGGUAAAUUAAAAUGCAAUGUGGUCAAAUUUAAGAAGGAUAUAUAAAAACAUAGAUAAUAUGAAUGUAGUUUUCGUUAAUGUGAGUGUUGUCAUUGUCAUUAAUUUGUAAAUUAUAUAUAUUAAGUAAUUCUAUUAGUUUAGUAACUUUAAAUUAUAAAUUCAUGAACUUAAAUGUGAAGAGGCUUUAAUUAGAUGUCCAAAAUGUCAUAAAUAAAAUAAAAUAAAGGAUCAAUCUAACCAUCUUCUUAUUUGUGAUUAGAACAUAGAAAAUUGUUUAUAUUGUAAAGGAGAAUAUUCAUUAAAACAAUUAUUAAUACAUGAAUAUGAAUGUCCAUUACGACCUGUUUGUUGUGUUGGUUGUUCUUAAUUAUUUACUCUUAGUGUUUAUUAUAUUCAUUAAACUAAAUGUCCAAAAUUUCCAUAAAUAUGUCCAAAUUGUAAUAAAAAAAUUAUUAGAGAAUAAUUUGAAGAUCAUAAAUUUAAUGAUUGUUUGAUAUAUAUUAAAUCCUAACAUGAUAAAGAAAUGUAAAAACUAAAUAUAAAACAAUAAUUGUUAGAAAUUGAAUUAAACAAAAAGGAUAAAAUAAUAAAGUAAAGAAAAAUUGGAUUUUAGGUUUUCCAAUCGAUUUAAAGAUCCAGAUAUCUUUUUAAAUUUAUAGAAGACAAUUGCUUUUGUAAAAUAAACAGCAUCAAAAAAGAAAGAUAGAUUUGUUUUAUUUAAUAAUCCAAUUUCAGAAUAAAGAAAACAUUGGAAAUUUAAGUAUAUAUAAAAAUAUAAUAAUAAUAAGAUGUUCAUAAGUCAAAAGCUCAUGGUAUGCAGUAGGUAUAACAGAAUUAUCAACUUUGCAUUCUCUAAAAAGAUAUUAAGAUAUAGGACAUGGAUCCUAUCUAGUAUCUUCUAAUGGAACUAUGUAUAAUAAUCAUAUGGAUGAUCAGAAUUCAAAAGAAAGUAAUUUUUCAAUUAAUACAAAUGAUAUUAUUGUUAUUAAUGUUGAUUUAGAUGUAGGUUAAUUGGAAAUAAUUAAUAUAACUUAAAAUCUAUCUCUUUAAAUAGAAGUUAUGUUUGAAGGAAAAGAAUUUUAUGGAUGUGCUUGUUUAAGAACUGCAGGAGAUGAAAUUCAAAUAAUUUAAUGA